AUCUAUAGCACCACUCAGGGGCCGAUGAUCGAAUUGUCUCGAACUAAAAUCCCGCGAAAUGUUUUCGACCCCCCAAAGAACUCAUUAUUACAUCAUCAUCUAUCUCCAUUCCAAGAAGUACGCCCAGUGACGUCACGAGAUCAAUAUGAACACAAAAAGACAGCUUUUCAUGGUUCGCUUCCUGGAACGCCAACUCAUUCAUUUCGUCGACAAGCUCCAUCACCUGAUCACAUGUUCUCGUUCAAAACAGAGGAAAUCAAGGCCUACAACAACGAACGGCAAUCGCCUUCUCAAGUCAAUGGCUACAUACGGCAUCCUUUAACAGCUCAACCCAGGAAUAGAAGUCUUGGACUUCAGGGAUCGCCAACCCCAUACAAUGAAGAAACGAACAGACGCCGAAGCGUUGCAUCAUCCCAUUCUUAUUACGAGAUCCCCCGAUCUGUCCGGGAUUCAAACCCACAUCUCACACCAACUCAUACGAAGAUGGUGGAGCUCCGUAAACCAUCGGCCGAGGAACUGGCGUUUGAAAUAGCGAAAGAAAAAAAAUCUCAUCACAUUAAGCCAGGCUACAUCGACUUGCGAGCCCAUUCCAAACGAAUCCGUGAUCUUUUCUCAUCAAGACGAAGGGCUACGUCGGAUUCAGAAAAUAUUCGGAUACAUAAAAAGCCUCCAAUCACUCCCGAACGUUCAUCGUUAGAAAGAGUUCAGGAAACACAAAGACAAGCCCAGCAGAUGGAACCCCUUGAUUUGAGCAGCAAAGGAAAGAAAACUGGCCCCAACAUCACUCCGUCUAUGCUAGAAGUUCCGAUUCCAUCCCGCGCCCAGCAUCUCUCACCUACUCAUCUCAUCGCCUCUUCACUCUCCGCGACUCAUCUCAGUCCUCGAUAUUCCACUGGGUGUAUUCCUGCUUGGGGAAUCCCCCCACCUAGUCCACGGAAGCGCCAAAGAGCUGAUUUGGGUUCUGAGGAGGAAACUGAUGACGUAUUGACUGUGUCUUGCGGGGACGAAUAUGACGUCAGUCAGACAUGGUCUUCAAGUCCAAAUUCUUUCGAUAUGGCGCAUAAUGUGACGUCACCAGAACGUAUGUUAUCAGGUCGGUCAUUUCCAAAGCUUGGUCGUUUUAAAAAUGGCACCGCAUCGCCUACAUUAUCCCCAGCUUUCCGCGGUUACAUCGUCAAUGACGUAAAAUCCAGCGAACGUAGUUAUUCCAGCUCUUCGGUACCUUCCAGCCCAAGUCAUGUAAUGCCAGCAAAAUGGAGAAUCAAACGAAUGCAGAAACUUCACGCAUCAAUGGAAUCUGUUGAUUUGCUGUCACGAGAUCCUAUGACGUCACAGGAUGAUUACAUCAUUUCAUGUUCAAAUGAACUCCCAACCCAAUCAUCGACAGAGAGCGACCAUGUCCCAAUGGAAACACAAAAAGUUGAGUUGAUCUCAACCCCAACAGGAGAAGAAUCUGAUGAUUCUGACGUCACUAUUGACGUCACAGGUGUUAGUCCUCAGAUGGAGAGUGCUGAGACUAUGCAAACAAAUGUCAUUGCAACCCAUACAGAUGAUUAUAACAAUAAUAAAGUAAAAAACUCAAACUUAAAAAAAUCAUCUAGUAUGUCGUCAUUAGAAAUGACAUCACAGACUGCCGCUGACGUCAUCAACAAUCCGAAAUCACCAAAUCGCGUCAAACUUUUGGAAAUUUUGAACAGAAAACGUUUUAGUUUUUUAAUUGCUUCUUCCUAUCACAACUGUGACGUCAUGGAAAAAUCUAUUGUUGGGGGGCACCUUUCAAAUUCCAAGCAUGCCUUAUCCGCGCCACCUAGUGCCUGCGCAUCCCCUGUAAAUUAAAUUUCAGCCGGACUGAUUUUUUCUUCUUUUAUAUUUACUCAUUCUACGUUUAUAAAAAAGUAUACUUUCAUCGCAGAUUCUACGUUUAUAAAAAAAGUAUACUUUUAUCGCAGAUUCGAAUAUUUUAGAUUCGAAUUCCCGCUUUAGGGGAACACAAUACACUGAAUCUAAAUUUCGAUUCACUCAAAUAAGAUGAAUCAGAUCUAGUUUGAAUUCACUUUACAUUUCCGCAGGUCGGCCAUUUACUAGUUUUAUUUUCUUUAGUGUUAUCGUUUUUGUAAAUAUCAAUUGUGUGAGGUUUGGCGUUAUACCGUUUUUUAACUGAGAAAUUACCCUUCAGCUGGAAAGAAUUGCACGAGGCAGGUACGAUAUCUUAUCCAGAGGGAGCCAUAGGAGCAGCCACCACGUUAUGAUUAAUAAUUGCUAAGUCAGACCGUAAUAGUCAGCGAGGCCUAAACGUUUCGAGCUACGAAAAAUGGGAGGGGGGGGGGGGGUAAGACUUCCUUCUCUCUCUUUCCUGGAUACACCCUUGACUGAGUCCAGAUCAAUUCAAUCUUACGCAACACUUUACACGUUUAUGUAUAUAAUUGUUUUAUUUGUUGUUUUUGUAGUAUUCACUUUUACAUUCCGCAGGUCGGUCUCCUUCUUUUGCAUUUCUAUAACCUUAUUUUUUGUAAUGUUUUUCUAAUCAUGAAUGAGAUAAAUUGUGAGCAGAGCUCACUUUUAUAUCUCCUAUAAAACAUAGUUGUCGGAUGAAGAUGUGGAUCAAGGCCGAUAAAAUUCGGUCAGAAAAUCCAUGCACUUAUUACAAUACAGUAUUUGUAUCUGAAACCCACUAUCAAUUGACUAAUAUAUCCUGUCUUCAAUUAUAAAUCAAUGCAGGUUAGGUGUGAUCAGAAUCGUGUUUUAAAAUUAGAGAACCGGAACCGGAUCAAACUUUUUCGAUUCCACAAACCCAUCAGGGAUCAUUGUAGUAUAAUCUAGAUAUGAAAUGAUAGAUGCACUUUGCAGCCAAUCCAAGUUCACCCGCUGGUCGGUUCAAUGUUAUUUGCACUUCGUACAAAACACUUUUUGUUUUUUAAAAACAAGGUGAACAUUAUGAGUUAUAUCCACCGUUAGGGCGGUUACGCUAUUUACCAGGUUGAUUUAUAUAAAAAUCUGUUUGUAAUAUACAUUUCAGUAAUGUUUCAAAUAUUGGCGCUCCAGGAGUGUGUGUACCAAUAUGAAGGUAACUAAUUUUGUUCGUCUACAACUUUACAUCAAGUUGUGUAAAGGGUCAGAAACCUUUGGGCAAGGGGUAUAUUCACUUGGCUAGCACAGACAGUUCCCGUAAUAGAACUAAAAUAGGGGAAAUCGAAAUAAAACUAUAGCCUGACCCUAACCUGGUACACACACUACGAGAGUUGGCGAGUAUUUUUCAAAACAGGCGCAUAGACCUAUUCGUAUUGAGUAAUAUAUGGGUUAUAUCAUUAUUUAGAAUGUUCCUACAUAAAGAAAUAUAUACAAUGCUAUUUAUUGUCAUGGUAACUUGUGUUUGUAUAUACAUUUAAAACGUCAGCUUUAUAUGGUUUGAUUGACAGAGGCUGUGCCUUCACUUACCAAGAGCAAUCAAUACCAACACAUAGCUAAUCUCCCCCCGCAACGAAAUUGACGCACCUUCUGUUUAUUAGAUUCGGCUAUUUUGAUUUGUUCUAAAUUCGAAAUUUUUAACAAAUUCAAUCAAUUUUCACACCAUCUGUAUUUGUUUUAGUGUUUUUAAAUUUUGCACCGAAUUCUGUAAGACCAUAAGUGUUGACAGGACAGACUGCAUAUUGAAUUUUUGCUCCUAUCAGUAAGAUUGCAGCAUUUCUAUCUAUUUUGUUCGACAAUAUUAAUUGUGCUGAAAUCUAAAUUUUUUGAUCAACUGGUAGCCAAUCUUCACGCUAUCGUUAUUAACAAUUUUACUAAGUUUGCACCUAAUUCUGUAAGUCCAUUGACUACCUACAGGACAGACUGCAUGUUGGAUGUUUCCUCUCGUCAGUGAAAAUGCAGCAUUUCUUUUGUUUGACAAUUUUUAUUGUGCUGAUUUCAUAAUUUCUUAACCAACUGGCAGUCAAUUUUCACGACAUCGUUAUUAACCCUUUUUGCACGUAGUUCUGUAAUUCCUUCACCGUUGUCCUUCAACAGGACCGGCAUCACUACCAUGUUUUAUUUCAAUAGUUUCAUUCGCACUUAAGCUUGUAUAUCCGUGUCUGUUCUUUUGCAAUCUUUCGUAUUUUGUACGUGUUAUCUCUAUAAGUAAUCGCCCAUCUUCACACGGUCCUGUCAUUUUACGACGGAUGGAAGGAGAGAAGAAGGUUCCACAAAUUCCGCUCCAUACGUGAGCUUCUUAGAACUAGCGCCUAGGUUUGAAUCUUUAAUAUUAUUAUCAUCAUACCCUACCUACUUUCUUGUAACGUGCAUGAGGUGGUGGAAUUGCAGAAAAAAUUGCGUUUCUUCCACCCACAUCGUCAAUGGCCGCUCGCAUGUUUUUUACGAGCCAAAAGAGCGAAUAAAUUUCGCCUAUCAAAAAUGCUUUAAUAAUCACAGUGCCCCUCGCGUUUCCAUGGCUUACCGGGGUCCUGUUAUUGCAAUCUUUUAUGUAUACCUUGGUGUGAUUUAUAAACAGACUUUUAUAAGUAACUUUUUGAAAUAAACGUUUUCGUGCAGAA